CCUGCAUAAAACUGAAUGAGGAAACUACAAUGUACAAAGUGACACUCGAAAAAGCUGUUUUGCAGUUUUAAUAUCUUGCGCAGUACAGGUAUAAAAGUGUAUUGCGCAACAUUGGUUUUGUUCUAGAUUGUUCUAGAUCUUUUGCAGGUCAUUGCACACAGAUUCACGGUUGACACAUUUGGCUGACUUAAAACUGUAUCAUGACUAUUAAGAUUGAAUGAAGGUAAACCUUGGGCUAGUUGUCAGUGAAUAAGAUCAAGUUUUUAUAGUUUAUAGUUCCUUUUAUCAUCACCGUUUAUCACACGGAGAUAAUAAUUGACUGUUUAUAGACAGAUUUGUCCCGAGCGCUGCUGAACGGAAGAUUCCAGUCGUAACUUGCUAACCCAACAUGGUACCAAAUUUUUGAAUGCAUCAAAUAUCACAUUUCUUAUCAACUACAAGAGAUUUUGGAAACACAAGCAUGGCGGGGUUGAUUCUUGGAUAAAUUGUCGACGUUUUGUUCCCAUCAGAACAGACCUGCUUUUAUGGAAAAACUAUCGUGUUUUUUGACAAAUUGAGCCACGGUUUUCUUACAUUGACCGUGUUUUUUAAUUUGCUUUGUGUUAAAACCAUUGUUAAUUGUAAGGGUGUGACCCAUCUUUAAUGUUGCGACUCAGCAGUUGAGAACAAUUGGAUUAAAAGAGAUGACAUACAGGUGUCACAUUCUAAAGCCUUUGAUGAAAUGCUUUAUAGCUUCUGGCAGACAAACAUUACAUAAUCAAGUGUGUGUGUGACAGGUUGUGACACAAGCACUGUGUUAGAGUUCAUGACAUGACAAUUGUGCUGUAAAUGCGUUUACAGAGAGCUUGUUUUCUGCUGUACUAAAGCUCAAAAUGAAGUUCAAUUAUACACCUGGUAUACUGUUGUGACACAUCUCAUGUAGUGUAAAAGGUCACCCUAGCUAAUAGUGCACUGGUGUAGAGCCUGGCCAAUACUGGAAACCCAGAUCGAACUGAAUCACCUAAUGAGAGUUAUUGUAGACUGCUUGGUGGAUAUUAUAUAAUGCUGAAGGAAACAGUAAUGUGUGUUCAAUUUAAGUAAACUUCUUUUUGACGCAACAAUAACAAACCCAUCCUUUGUGUUAAAUGUCUAUAUUUGACUCAACCGUAGGUUCAAAAUAACCCAAUCAUGAUAUUUAGUUAAAGCAAUUGUGCAUAUUAAUUCAAAUGAAAAACAUGGAUGUUGUGUAUUUUUUAAAGCUGUACAAACCGGCUGUGAUUCCUGUGCUACGACAGUCAUGUGCCAAAACCCUUGGGGUUAAAUCUGCACUUUAAAAAGCCACAGGCGAAGCAGAUGAUUGAAGUGAGGGUGAAUAUGUCAUUGAAGAAACCCUAAGCACAGUUUUUUAACAUGUUGAGUCACGAUCGCUUCGCAUCAAGUCGACAAGUUUGGUUUGAUAAAUCAUUUCCAUCGUGCUAAAGUUUUAUGCCCUUUUCACCAGUUUAAAUAUUCAUCCAAACGUAUGCCAAGCUCAAGGUGGUGUUGGGAGGUAAGAGGUUAUUGCAGUUUUCAUUUGGACAAAGGUUACAUGAGAAUUGUGUGUCACAGUUCAAGUGUGCACAUGUCGAGGGGUUUCGAAAAUUCUACGUAACCUUAUGCAAAUUAAGUUCAUAUACACAUGAAACCUUUGAAUCACUUAAAUGCAAUUAUAUGCGGAUAAAAUGUUUUAUUUUUGUAGGUAUGGCAUUGUUUGUAUGAUUUGUCUUGUUGAACAAACUGAAGUAGUUUAAUAAUUCAUCAAAGGGUUUCGUAUAAUCUAUGUGCUGACACAGUCGUAGCAGCCCUUUGUUCUCAUGGUUUCUUUGUUUUGGAGAUUACCUCCCACUAGAUUCCUCUAGUCCCACCCUCCUGUAACAUCUAUAAAUGCAGAAGAGAGUCGUGCAGGUGUUCAGGUUGAAAAUGGCUGUUGUGGAAUCACUUCUGCAGCUUCUCAGCACCGGUACAUUACUGGGUGCUUUGGUGUUGUUACUGGUUGUAUAUCUGCUGUCUUCUGGUCCUAAAUCUCAGAAAGAAGGAAAAGAACCACCGGGACCCAAACCACUUCCACUGCUGGGGAACCUGCUGACCCUUGACCUUGAAAGACCCUUUGAUACUCUCUGUGAGCUGUCCAAAACCUAUGGAAACGUGUUCCAAGUGUUUUUCGGUCACAGAAAAGUUGUGGUCUUGGCUGGAUACAAAACGGUUAAAGAGGCGCUUGUGAACCGAGCGGAAGAGUUUGGAGACCGAGAUAUUCCUCCAGCUUUUAAAUUACUGGGUGAAGGACAUGGGAUCAUUUUUGCCAAUGGAGAGAGCUGGAAAGAGAUGAGACGCUUCGCCCUCAGUAACCUGCGUGACUUUGGGAUGGGCAAGAGAGGAAGUGAAGAGAAAAUCAUACAGGAAAUUCAAUAUUUGAAAGAAGAGUUUAUAAAGUUUGAAGGGAAAGCCUUCGAUACAACUCAACCUGUGAACUACGCCGUAUCAAACAUCAUCUCAUCUAUUGUGUAUGGCAACAGAUUCGAAUACACAGAUCCUCAGUUCAAAGAAAUGGUCAACAGGGCAAAUGAGAACGUUCGGGUUGGUGGAUCAGGUUCUAUGCGGCUUUUUAACACAUUUCCAUGGUUGGGCCCGUUCCUGACCAGCAAAAGAAUUGUCCUGAGAAAUGCUCUAGAAAACAGAGCGGAAAUAACAAAGUUGAUCUCGGAUCUGCUGGAGACUCUGAAUCCACACGACAGCAGAGGGUUUAUCGACUCCUUCCUCAUCCGCAAACAAACCGACGAGAAAUCCGGCAAGAAGGACUCUUAUUUCCACCAGGAGAAUCUGCUUACAGCUGUGAUGAAUCUGUUUGUAGCUGGCACUGACACCACAGGAACAACAUUGCGAUGGGGUUUGAUGAUUAUGGCCAAAUAUCCUCAUAUCCAAGAUCGAGUUCAGGAAGAGAUUGACAGAGUGAUCGGUGGACGUCAGCCGAUGGCGGAUGACAGAAAGAAUCUGCCGUACACAGAUGCUGUGAUCCAUGAAACCCAGAGACUGGCCAAUAUAGUGCCCAUGAGUCUCCCUCAUAUAACCAGCCGUGAUGUUGACUUUAAUGGAUAUUUCAUUAAGAAGGGUACCACUGUGUUUCCUCUGUUGACGUCUGUAUUAAAGGAUGAAAGUGUUUGGGAGAAACCGCACAGCUUUUACCCAGAACACUUCCUUGAUGAGAAGGGACAGUUCGUUAAAAGAGAUGCUUUCAUGCCCUUUUCCGCAGGACGCCGGAUAUGUCUAGGAGAGAGUUUGGCCAGGAUGGAGCUCUUUCUGUUCUUCACGUCUCUCCUUCAGAACUUCCGCUUCACUCCUCCACCUGGAGUGUCUGGAGAUGAUCUGGACCUCAAAGGGAUCGUUGGAAUCACGUUGAAUCCGUCCCCACACAGGCUGUGUGCCAUCAAACGCUCCUGAUCUAAAACAAUGUUGUCAAUACGCACAUGCAAAAACAUAAAACAUUCAAUCUGGUACAAAUAACAGACAGGAUCAUUUAACAGUAAUUUCCCAAACUUGAGCAAAUGCACAAAAUGUAAAUAUGUAAAAACAGCAGGAAAUUAUGAAAUGAGUAAUGUGCAAUAAAAAUUUCAGUUUCAGUUUGCAUUGGAUGCUGUAAAUGUAAUUCUAAAGAUGUGAAUGAUCAAUUAAUGAAAUCAUUAAACAGAUUUUUUUGUAGCAUUUUUUUUCCUGUUGGUGAAUUUGUAAUAUAAAAGAGUCACUUAAUCAAAAACAGGCCUUUUUAAGGAAUGCGAAUGUCUGGCAGCAUCUAUGCCAAAACAUAAAAAUAUGAUGAUAUAUUAUUUAUAAAAAUUACAUUAAAAAAUAAUAGUACAUGGCUCUCCAGAACACUUGAAUUUGAUUGGUCAGUCACAACAUUCUGACGUCUGUCAUAACAUCUGUUUUCUGUCUACAUGGUAGAAGUGAAUAGGUACCCCCGUUAUUUGGUUACAAACAUUUUUUUAAAUAUGUGUUCUCACUUGCAGGAUUUGAACUUCAUACACAUUCCUUACAUACCAAUGCAUGUGUUUUCAUGCAUGAUUUUCACUGUUUUCAAUGUGCAUGUGCACUUGAAAGCAUGUGUGAGCAUGUUUGUAAACACUUUACAAUAAGGUUGUAGUUGGUAACGUUACUUCAUGCAUUAGCUAACAAGAACUAUGAACAAUAUUUCUACAGCAUUUAUUCAACAUACUUGUAGGUUAUAAGUGUUUACUAAUACAUUUUAAAAUCAAAAUAUGUAACUGGUAACAUUAGUUAAUGCAUCAUGAACAAACAUGAAUAAUUGUUAUUGGCAUUAAAUAACAUUAACAGAUUAAUGAGUGCUACACAACUAUAUUGUUUUGAGAUAUCGACUUUUGCCAUACAUAGAGUAGUGGUUCUUAUUAUGCAAACCGUACUGUAAAAUCAAGUUUGAUCUUUGAAUAUAAGUUUUAUAUUUAGUUAUAUCUGUCCCGGGGCGAAACUUUUUAACCAAUUGUCAAAGGUCAUGUCAUUUGUUGCUUAUCCUAUGCCAACGGUAAAAGAACCCUGACAAACUAUAUAUCCUUGGAAAGCUCGAAGUCUUUAGUUUUCAAAUUCUUUUUCUGAUUUGCAAUAGGACAAACACUGUAUCCCAUUAAACGCUCCUGAUCUAAAACAAAACAUAAGGCACUUCACCUUGUUCAAAUAACAGACAGGAUAAUGUUAACACAAACUCACAACAAAUGCACAAAAUGUAAAUAUGUAAAUAACAGCAAGAAAUUAUGAAACGACUAAUGUGCAAUAAACAUUGUGCUUUCAGUUUGCAUCGUAUUGUUUGUUCAGAUAUUUUGGAUGCUGUAAAUGUAAUUGUAACGAUGUGAAUGAUCAAUGAAUGAAAUCGUUAAACAUUUUUUAUUUUGUAGCAUUUUUGCUGUAGGUGAAUUGUGAAAUAUAAAUAAAUAAUUCAAUCAAAAACAGACCUUUUUAUAAAUGCAUUCAGAGUUUUGUCUUACCAGAAGACUGCAAAUAAUCUACAACUCUGCCAGUAAAUAUUGACUUGAUUUUGAUUGGUCAGUCACAACAUUCUGACGGAACAUAACACACUGCUUAUUCGGUUAUCUUUGUUUUUCCCGUCCGCUAAUUAAAUAUUUAUCCAAAGAAGCAUUAGGUUACAUGUUAACUGCAGUAUAGCUUUACUUUCAUUAAACAUCAACAUGAAACCUCAAGCGUGUUUCCAAUCGUUCACUCAUCUGCCUGUACUGCGAGUCACCCUAUUACAUAAAUUGUUACCUAUGUGUUUUAAUUUCACAUAAGACAAUGAAUGGGAAACACUGCUUCGCUGACGUGUGCAACAUUUCAAUUGAUGUUUUGAACUGGAAUAAGCAGAAAUACAUCUCUUCAUUUAAAAUGAAGUUUUGUAGCCCCAAACUUCUUACAUUUGUUUCUUUUUGCAUGUGUCAGAAAUCCGGUAAGAAGGGUUCGUAUUUCCACCUGGAGAAUCUUUUUACAUCUGUGAUGAAUCUGUUUGCAGCUGGCACGGACACCACAGGAACAACAAUGCGAUGGAGUCUGAUGUUUAUGGCCAAAUAUUCUCAUAUCCAAGAUCUAGUUCAGGAAGAGAUUGACAGAGUGAUCGGUGGACGUCAGCCGAUGGCGGAUGACAGAAAGAAUCUGCCGUACACAGAUGCUGUGAUCCAUGAAACCCAGAGACUGGCCGACAUAGCACCCAUGAG